AGUGUUUGUACACAAUAAUUUUUUUGAAAUUUGUCAAUCUACAUGUAUUUCACUAGUGAUAAGUUGGUGUGGUCGUCCCUAUGGCUCCGACAGUGAAGGUUUCCGACAUUUUCAUAGAAUACUGAUAAAGUCUGAAUGUUACAUAUACAUCAUACGCCCUCGUGUUUAUCUAAAUAUUUCAUAAUUGUUUAAUAAUAAAUGGCAGGUCACAUGUAUGGCACGGCGCACCGAAUAAAACACGAGGAGUAAAUAGUAUAAAAGCUCUUUUGAAUGAGUUAUUCAUCACUUCAAAAUUCUUCACAAGGUAAAUCAAGUCGACAAAUAUGAAAGUUGUUUGUGUUGUUUUAAUGUGUAUUGCUAGUGUAAUCUGCCGACAGACGACAGUUGAACGCCUGAUAAGCGAUGGGCGAUUUAAGACUCUUGUACACUAUGUCACAAAAGCCAAUCUUACCGGCACGUUAAACAGCAGCGAGUUUACAAUCUUCGCACCUACCGACACUGCGUUCCAUAAGCUUGACUCGAAUAUUAAAGCUGCGCUCGAUCACGACAAUGCAAUCCUUACAGACGCUUUAUUGUACCACGUCAUAUCCGGAAGAGUACCUAGUUUAGCUGCAUCAAACGAGGCUAAGUUAACGAUGGCUAACAACAAAGUUGCACGCAUCAACGUUUACCUUCACAAUAGUAAGGUAACCAUCCAAGGCUGCGUUAUUUCUCAGUUAGAUUUAACGGCAAGCAACGGUAUUAUCCACGUUCUUGACAACGUAAUGUUGGCACCAACAGGCAACAUUGUUGACUAUGUCGCUGGUCAUACUAAAUUUUCCACUCUCUUAUCACUUGUUCAACAAGCAGGUAUUGCUGAUACGCUGAAAAUGGACGGUCUUACUGUUUUUGCACCGACAAAUGGAGCCUUUUCUAAAAUUCCA